AUGGGGAUGGGACGGAAUGAGGGCAGGGUCGCGGAUGCGCAGAGGCGAGGAGAGCGCGGGCUUGCGAGUCGCAGGCGGGGGACGAGGAGUGGCGCGGCCACCGGCGGUCCGGCGCUCGCCGCUGCAGGGGCGUGGAGGACGGGCGGUCGGCAGUCCGGCGCGUGGUGCUGUGGAGUAGCAUUGGAGCAGCGCUGUGGCUUGCAGAGCUCGACGCCGCCUCCGUUGAAACAUAGAGGUGCUCUUUAUAAUAAUUGUUGCGGGUACCCUGAGGGCAACCACAAUCAAGACAAGCAACCAGUGAACCUCAAUGACUCAAGUAGUAGCAGUGAAGAGGUUGAGGAGGUUACAGGGAGGACACGGGUCAAUUGGACAGAACUUGAGAACCAAAGACUGCUUAGUGCUUGGUGUCACCACUCUAUUGAUGCUGUAAAAGGAACUGAUCAGAAGGCUGAACACUAUUGGAAGGCUGUAGCAGUGGAGUUCAACAGUAACACACCAGAAAAGAGCCGCAAAAGGACAGCCCUGCAAUGCAAGACACACUGGGGUGGUUUGAAAAGGGAUAUUUCAAAGUUCUGUGGAGCUUAUGCUAAGGUUAGAAAUACCUAUGUCAGUGGGCAAUCUGAGGAUAUGGUUAUGGAAAAAGCUCAUCAGUGGUACAAAGGAGGAAACAAGCAGAAACCUUUCACUUUAGAGUAUUUGUGGAGAGAUGUCAAAGAUCUACCUAAAUGGCGUAGACUGCUGGCACAAGAAGAAGAAGCCAAGAAUAAGAGGACUAAACUCUCAGAAUCAGGAGCGUACACUUCAUCAUCUAACCAUGACACUGAGGAGGAAACAGUGGGCAAGCAGUUGAAACGUCCUGAAGGACAGAAGAAAGCAAAAGCAAAGUUGAAAGUGAAAGGUAAAAAUAUCUCACCAUCUCCUUUGGGGGAGCAGCCAACUCAGAACAUGGUGCUCUAUCAUCAAGCCAGUUCACUCAGAGUAGAAGCUACAAUCAAAGCUGCAGAAGCAACAGCGAAAGCAGCAGAUGCCAUAAUAGAAGAAGCUAGAAUGAAGAAGUUACUUGCCUACAUAAAACUGUCAGAGAAAGACACAUCAGGUUACAACGAAGCAGACCUGAAGAGACAUGAAGCUAUUGUAGACAAACUACUCAAAGAAAUAUGA